CGUAAGGCGGAAGUGCUACGACCCUAUAAGGACCAUAAGGACACAAGAAGCUCAAUAAGGACGCGGGUUUUCUUAGCGGCAAUAAGCAGCAGCAGCAAUGGAUCGGGUGAGGUCUGCGUUUAACAGCGUGAUUAAAAGUGAGCGGUACAGCAGGUUCACUCUGCAGCCGGCCGAGGACGGAGAAAGACACGUUGAGGUCAAAUUGUCAGAUGACGCCACGGAGGCCGAGGAUCAGGCAGGUGGAUCUCCAAGCUUCAGGCCAGCACCUCCGAGUCAAGGCCGGACUACUCUCUGCUACCUGGCCCUGGCGACACUGCUCAUAUUUGUCACCGGCUACGUGCUUGGUUACCUGAGCCACCGUGAAACUCAGCUGGAGCAGGUGAGCUGUGGCCCAGAGCUGGAAGAAACGCCAGCUGCUGUUGCACCAGCUCCUGGAGCUCUGAUGGACUGGAAGGACGUCACCCAACUCCUCACGCAGAAACUCACCAGCCAGGACUUUGACAAAUCUCUGAGGGACUUUGAUCUGCCCAGUCGUUCAGCAGGAAGUGACGGAGACAAGAGUCUGGCAAACCGCAUCUUUGACGAAUUCAAGCAGCAGGAGAUGGAUCCCUGGACUGACAUCCACUAUGUUCAGCUGCAGAAGCCAGACAGCAAGCGUCCAAACCGUGUCCUUUUUGGUUCAGAGGACUUCAAGCCUACUGGGUAUCUGGCCUACAGUGCUCCUGGAAAAGCUGAGGGCAAGCUGGUGUAUGGCAACUACGGUCGUCAGGAGGAUCUGGAAGUUCUGCAGAAGAAGAACAUUGAACUGAAAGACUGUGUGUUGCUGCUCCGAGCUGGAAAGAUCAGUUUUGCAGAGCAGGUGGAUAAUGCUGCCAGGAAGGAGGCGUCUGCCGUUCUAAUUUAUCCUGAUGCUCAAGAUUACAAAUAUGUAUCGAACACAGAACUUUACGGACAUGUCCAUCUUGGUUCAGGCGACCCCUACACCCCUGGAUUCCCUUCCUUCAACCAUACUCAGUUCCCUCCAACGCAGUCGUCCGGCCUCCCCAAAAUCCCAGCCCAGACUAUCACCGGCAACAUGGCUUUAGCUCUUCUACAGAAAAUCCAAGGUCCUGAAUCAGAUGAAAGCAGCGGCUUCAAAGGCGGCUUCACGUCAGUGGUUUAUAAUCUGGGAGGCAGCCACAACAUUACUGUUGAGGUGAACAACGUGCUGGUCAGCAGUGAGAUCCACAACGUGUUUGGAGUCAUCAAAGGAUUCAUUGAACCUGAUCACUACGUUGUACUGGGAGCUCAGAGAGACUCCUGGGGUAAAGGUUAUGCCAAAGCCACCGUUGGCACCUCCAUCCUGAUCGAGCUGGCCAAGGCUGUUCGGGAGAUGGUGGAGAACGAUGGGUUCAGACCCAGGAGAAGUUUGGUGUUUGCAAGCUGGAGCGGUGGAGAGUACGGAAGUGUUGGCGCCACUGAGUGGUUGGAGGGGUACAUGUCCUCUAUUGACAGACGUGUUUUCACCUACAUAAACCUGGAUGGAGUGGUCAUGGGUCGUGGGAGCUUUAUGGCCUCAGCAAGUCCGCUGCUCUACAGCCUCCUCGAGAGCACGAUGAAAGAGGUGAAGAGUCCUCUUGGCUCUGGCACUGUGUACGAUAUGGUUGGAACAAGUGACCUGAAGGCCAAAAUAGAGAGGCCAAUGUCGAUGGACGACCCCGCCUAUCCCUUUCUGGCUAUGUCUGGAAUUCCCUCCAUCUCUUUCCACUUCAUCUCUCCCAACAAGGAGACCUACAGUUACUAUGGCACCAACCUGGACAACAAGGAUGAUCUCGAUUUCCAAACCGGCCAUCACACCAGUGAAAUGGUGGCAGUGGCGGCACAGUUUGCCGGCCAAAUGGCUCUGCGACUGGUCCACGACCACCUGGUCCGCCUGGAUGUGAACCGUUACAGCAACAUCCUCAACGGGGCUGUUGUCCGGGUCAUCAAGCGCAUCAACCAGCUCUCACAGGCUGGUCAUCUGAAGGUGAAUGCCAACUGGCUGAUCCGUGCACGCGGCUCCUUCCAGCGAGCUGCCAGAAGCAUCAACACUGAUAUCCUCAACACUGACUUAAAUGACAAAGAGGCUUGUCGGAUCCUCAACGCCAGGCUCAUGAGUGUUGAGCACAACCUCCUCUCUGCCUAUGUGUCCCCCAUUGAGACUCCCUUCCGUCAUCUCCUGCUGGGCCGGGGCUCCCACACUUUGGCCUCCAUCGGCGAGACCACCGGCGUGGAUCAGCUGCACAUGCAGCUGGCCCUGGCCACCUGGAACCUGCAGGGAUGUGCCAACGGCAUGGUGGGAAACAUCUGGGACAUCGAUGAAGAAAUCUAAAGGAGAAAGACAGGGAGGUGUGAGCGUAGGCGGCGUCGUCGUGCGUGUGGGUGUUCUCGAAAUGCAGGUUUGAGGUAGAGCAGAGGGAGAAGCUCCAACAUCGGCACUUUAGCACAAGCUGUCAAUCAGAGGUCUAAGACCCACCCUUUAAGAACAAGCAGUGGGGUAAGAGUUGUAAUCUCACAAAAAUUCAGGAGAUACAAGAAGUAUAAAACACAUUCUUAACUGUGACCCAACAUCAAAUGCUUGAAGAAACAUUAGUGCUACCGACAAAUCUGCCUCCUCCAGUCAAACCCUUCGCUGCGACCUCUCGCCAUCAAAACACUGAGAAACCUUAUUUGUACUUAAGUUUUUUAUCAGUGGCAGUGCCCACUAUAAAGUAAUUAUUUCGUCUUUUUUUAUACGACGUUAUCGGAAGCAGUGCCUUCCAUAAUUAUGACGGUUAUACUGUCUACUCCUCCGGCAGUAUCUGCUGCAGAAAUGACUCCUCAACUGUUGCCGACAAAAUGGAACCCCUGAUAAAAAAUAAUAUUUGUAUUGUUUAUGGCCUUCAUUUCUUCCUUUUUUUGAGUGUGGAUAUUUUUUCUAAAAUGACAUCAUGACAAAGUGGUGUACUCAGUGGUGCGUCGCUGUCGUUAAUUGCUUAUUUAAAAGGGAGAAAUGAAGGGUAGAAAAGAGUUGUUUUCCUGAUAUGUCAGUUAGGAAUUAAAUGCGUCUGUCAAAAACUAGACUAGGAGCAGACACUCUGGAUAUUGGGAAAUUCUUAUUUAUAUACCAACAAAGCCAGAAAUGAGUAAAGACUUUAUUUAUUCUGUGCUUGGUGACAAUAUGAAUGCUAAAAAACAAACAAAACAAGGCUGUACUAAAAGCCAAAACAUUAUCAAAACCCCGUUUUUAGCGAAACAACUGAGCUGAUUGGUUUCAUAAUUUGCAAGAAAGCCAUUUACGUUGCACGGUCUACUUUGGAGCAGUUUAUAACAUGGUAAAGUUAUCGGGAGCAGUGUCUUCCAUGAUUAAAACCCAUUAUCGGGAGCAGUGUCUUCCAUAAUGACAAGCAGUGAUGGUAGUUUUUGCCUACCAGUGUGUGUGUGGUUGUGUGUGUGUGUGUUUUACAUGUGUAUUUAUCGGGAGCAGUGUCUCUCAUAUUUCACUUUAAGGGUGGAAUGACUUAUCGGGGACAGUGUUUCCCAGAGUUUUAUACUUAUUUAUUUGUUCUGCCUUUAUUUUUGGACUGUAUGUGUGUGUUUCUGUUUUUUUCUCAUUUUUGCUUCUAUUUCUGUAUCAUGCUACGACUUUCCCGCCGCACAAUUACUUAGAUUAUAGUUUAGUUUUGCAUCCAAUCAAGCAACUCAAAACACAAAGAACAAUAUUGAAAUCCCCUAUAUUCAUUAUAGUUGGAAACAAACCUGGUCUGUUGGGUUUGUUACCUCCAAAUCCCUCUUGUGUUUCUUUGUGUUAGUGACUUUAAAAAUACAACAGUUGCUGCACCUACAUAUGAAUACACUCCGUAAACCACAAGUCUCUCUGCAUGCGUUUCAAUGACAUAUUUCCUCUUCACUGCAUGUUACUGUAUUGCUUUAUUGAAGUGUAGCUCAACAGACUUGGACCAUAUUUCAAACUUUUCAUAUAAAUGAGGGUUCAUCUCCAAGAAAAUUGUUAGGCCAAUAAGAGGAAUAUGAGACAAAUUAAAAAAAUACAAUUAACUGUAAUUGCCCCUGUAAUGUAUUGAACCUGAAUACAAUUGUUAGUAAGUCAGUCAAUCAGUCAGUCGACCUCAUUUAAUUAAAUUAAUAUCCACUUUAUUUUAACAUACACUCCAGAGCAAACAAAACGUCAGUGUUUCAUAAUUCAGAUUAGUACAUGUUUGAAUAUGUUUCGUUUGUUUCCUGGUGCCACUUCUGUUGAGCUCGAUAUUGGUAUAGCCCUGGUUUCUAUUUCCUGCUAGAAGUUACAAAAAUUAGGUUAGGAAAUUGAUUUUCCAUUCAUUGUGUAACUCGCACUGUUUUGAACCCUGUUUCUGUGAUCUCCAUGUUCGGCAGAAAAGUGUAAUAAACCCUUUUGGCUUAGCAACUAGUA